CUUUUAAAUCCCAGAGGUCCAACGUGUCGUGCAGAUGCUAUCGCAUCUCUUCAACCUGUAAUUGAAUUAAACUGCUGCAGUAAAACAUGCUGGCUGUUUGCUGCUGCAGUUGACCGUAUGACUACUAUUCCUGUGUGUAAUGUUAAAUACAUGCAGAUGUUAACAGUGAUUGAAUAUGCUGAAGAGGAGACACCUUCACACUUUCUCUGAUGCGUUUCCACACUGUGGUCAGUCCACACAUUGGAUGUCUGUGUCUAUGUGUGUGUGUAAAUCCACAUUAGGCCCACAUUGACUGUCACAUCCUGCAUGGAAGCUACCCACGACUUAUAAAGGCUGGCUUGACACUCCCACCACGCCCUCCGCCAACCAGAGAGAGGACGUCACAUCCCAAGUCAGGACUUCACCCACUUCACUUUCUCUGAGCAAAGUGGCAUUCAUCAUUUCCUGCUAGGAGCUGACAGAGAAAGCAAGGUUGGACUGGACCAAGGAAGACUACUCUUCUACGGAGCUAUGUUGCUGUGGUCAUUAUGGAGCGCAAUAUUGCUACUGCCACCCCUGGAGGCUGCAGAGGAGGACAAUGAGCGAGCAGGCUGUAGCACAGCUGUAAAUGACCUGGUCUAUAUUGUUGAUGGCUCAUGGAGUGUUGGCUUCUCUGACUUUGACACGGCGAAACAGUGGCUCAUCAACAUCACCAGCCAAUUUGACAUCAGCUCCCACUACACACAGGUGGCUGUGAUCCAGUACAGUGACACUCCUCGACUGGAGAUUCCUCUGGGGAAACACCAGAGUGGAGUGAAGCUCAUCCAGGCCAUACAGAGCAUCACCUACCUGGGAGGAAACACACAGACCGGCAGGGCCAUCAAGUUUGCCGUGGACCACGUUUUUGCCUCCUCCCAUAGAGCCAGCCAGGUCAAGAAUCGCAUCGCUGUCGUGGUUACUGAUGGCAGAUCUCAGGAUGACGUGGUGGAUGCCAGUAUGGAGGCACGAGUUCAGGGCAUUACAGUAUUUGCUGUUGGAGUUGGCAGUGAGAUCACCACCUCGGAGCUGGUAUCCAUCGCCAAUAGACCGUCAUCAGCCUAUGUCCUAUAUGCCGAAGAUUACACUACAAUUGAACAUAUUCAAGGUUCCAUGGAGCAAAAGCUUUGUGAAGAGUCUGUGUGUCCAACACGAAUCCCGGUGGCAUCUCGUGAUGAGAGAGGCUUUGAGCUGAUGCUGGGCAUGAACGUUCAGAAGAAGGCCAAGAAGAUCCCUGGCUCUCUGAUUUCUGAGGCAGCUUACACUCUGACUGCCUCUACAGACAUUACUGAGAAUACCAGGGAUAUCUUCCCAGAGGGCCUCCCUCCGUCCUAUGUGUUCGUAGCCACCCUGCGUCUAAAGGGGUCUUCUAGCAAGCUGACAUUUGAUCUUUGGAGGGUACUGUCUAAGGAUAAGGAGAUCCAGGCUGCAGUGACACUAAGUGGGAAGGACAAAACGGUCAUCUUCACCACCACCAGUAUGACAGAAAAGGAGCAGAGAGUCACCUUCAAAGCAGGCUUUCAGAUGCUCUACGAUGGAAAGUGGCAUCAGUUCAAAGUCCUGGUGAGACCACGUCAGGUGAUCAGUUUCCUUGACGAUCAACUGAUCCAGGAAAUAAUGCUGGAACCUGUUGAGCCCAUCUACAUCAAUGGGGAGACACAGGUUGCUAAGAGACGAGGAACAGACAUCACUGUGCCUGUGGAGAUUCAGAAGCUGCGUCUUUACUGUGAUCCUCAUCAGAGUGAGAGAGAAACAGCAUGUGAGAUUCACUCUGUGAAUGAUGAAAGGUGUCCUCUGAAUCGAACAGCGACGGUGGAGGAAGAAGACUGCAACUGCGUAGUUGGACCACAAGGGCAGCGUGGCCUGCCCGGGCCCAUGGGUUUCAGAGGGGAGAAAGGGAGGGAUGGACUACCGGGACCUGACGGUAAGCCUGGUAAUGAUGGGAAACCUGGGGAAUCCGGCCCUCAUGGAUUACCAGGGAUGAAGGGUGAAGGUGGCUUAGCAGGACUAAGAGGGGAGCCUGGUCUAAAAGGCAUCACGGGAGACCAUGGGGAACCAGGCUUAUCAGGACAACCAGGACCCCCAGGAACCAAGGGUCUUCCUGGCGAGAGAAGUGAGCAAGGAUUUCCUGGAGAAGCUGGACCAAUGGGGGAGCCAGGAUUACCAGGCACUGCUGGAUUGGUUGGGCCACCAGGACCAAAGGGAGAGAAGGGAGUCAGCGGUACUGCCGGAGCUCAAGGCGCCCCGGGUGUCGAAGGACCUCCUGGUGAAGUGGGCCCAAAGGGACCUCAGGGUGAGGGAGGCUUGCCUGGCCUACGAGGACUACCUGGAAUAAACGGGACACUGGGCUCAACAGGGGAGUCAGGUGUUCCAGGGCUACCGGGUGCCACGGGGCUGUUGGGGUUCAAAGGUCACACGGGCGCGAGAGGAGCGACGGGCUCUAAAGGAUGCCAGGGGGAGCAAGGCAGAGAUGGAGAUCCAGGGAUUCCUGGUGUACCUGGCGAAGUGGGACCCAUGGGAAGGAAAGGAGAGACAGGAAUAACGGGUGACUCAGGCCACAGGGGGCCUGAAGGAAAGAAAGGGGACAUGGGCCACAUGGGUACUGUUGGUCCCAGGGGAUUCCCUGGUCAGGACGGGUUGUCGGGCCAACCAGGUCAACCGGGAUAUCCUGGGAAACCUGGCAAGCCUCCCUCAGAUGAAUAUCUUCUCAAGCUCUGCACUGAUGUUCUCCGUAAUCAGCUCCCAGCACUGCUCCAGACCUUGGCCCCUCCAGCUAUGUGUGAGCCCUGCCAAAGCGUGAAGGGACCUCCGGGAGAGCCAGGAGCACCAGGAACCAAAGGCUCCAUGGGUACUACAGGCUACCCUGGCAGGAGGGGCACUCCCGGUUACCCUGGACCUUCUGGAAUACAAGGUCCUGCAGGCCUCAAAGGUGACAUGGGACUAAGAGGACUCAAAGGCAGCAAAGGAGAAGGUUACCGUGGACCUCCAGGACCACCUGGACAGCCAGGGAUUCAGGGACCUCGUGGCUUCGAUGGAAUUGGCCAUCCAGGAAAUCAGGGUAUUCCUGGAAAACCUGGACCAUUAGGACAACCCGGUACAUGGGGCCACCCAGGGCUUCCAGGGGUUUGUGAUGUGUCCAUGUGUUAUCAAACCUACAACCUCAGGGAACAUUACAGCAAAGGACCCAACGUCUGAUAACAUAGAAGCAUGGGAAGGGCUGCUAUGAAACUCCCAAGUGUUUUAAGGAAACAAUUUACUGUAUCACUGAUUUACAGAGUGUGUGACUGUUGAUUUCUUCAUGACAAAGUGUGUGUGGAGAACAGCUACACUGGAGGCAGAACUAACCUUAGUUGACUUAAAGUAAGCAGGCAGGGCAUUUAUUCUUGAUUAUGAAAUGUGUGCUUAAAGAUGGUCAGCAGGCUAGCCACCCAGCUUACUGAGAUACCAGGAUAACAGCGCUUUAUACAGCGUUUCAUCUUGCAAAGGCACCAAAA